CAAUACAAAGAAGAACACACGCUAGUGUACACAGAGAGCGGCAUCAUGGCGGACGUGUUGGAUCUUCAUGAGGCGGGAGGCGAAGACUUUCCUAUGGAUGAGGAUGGUGAUGAGAGCAUCCACAAGCUGAAAGAGAAGGCCAAGAAGAGAAAAGGACGAGGCUUCGGCUUGGAGGAGGGAUCCAGGUCCAGAGCUAAAGAGGACUAUGAUACUGUGGAGCAAGAUGGGGAUGAACCAGGUCCUCAGAGAUCGGUGGAGGGCUGGAUCCUGUUUGUGACUGGUGUGCAUGAGGAGGCCACAGAGGAGGACAUCCAUGACAAGUUUUCAGAGUUUGGAGAAAUCAAGAACCUGCAUCUUAACCUUGAUCGAAGAACAGGUUACCUGAAGGGUUACGCACUAGUGGAGUAUGAGACGUACAAAGAAGCGCAGGCAGCCAUGGAGGGCCUCAAUGGUCAGGACAUGAUGGGCCAGACUAUCAGCGUAGACUGGGCGUUUGUCAGAGGACCCCCAAAGAACAAGAGGAGGGGAGGCGGACGGAGACGCAGCAGAAGUCCAGACCGGAGACGACGUUGAGUGCUUGUGUGGAAGAGUGAAACCGUAUCACAGUUGAUUUAAAAAAAAAAAAAACUUGUUAUUUUUUUCCCUAA